CUGGGACUACUGCUACACCAAAAUGUAUCUGGUAUAUAGAACAACGAGACUUAGGUCGACUCUACUGACGUCAGCCGAUCAUUUGGCUGUUUUCCUCCAAUCAAUUACGACCUAUUGAGUUGACGUCAUGCGCUGCGCCUCCUGAUGACCGUACAGUACAAUGAACCUUGUCUUUUUUCUAUGCGGUGGUCGGUUUGGGGCCCGGUUACGGCCGAAAACGUCCCUUACCCGUGUGUUAUCGCGCUCUGUACGUGCUGAUUCGGUCUCUCAUGAUGUAGUUUUGUUUGAACACCAGCGACCGCGCUUCUUUCGCUUGCUUGGUCUGUUUUGCGGCGCACAGGCCGGUUUCUGGGCCUACCUGGCGCAUUUCGGUUUCACCUCUUUGAGAGACACCCGAGAGAGGAUCCAAGGGCAAGAGAGGGAUGGGCGAAACUUAGGCUCUCCACUAUGGAGGGUAGGAUUCACCAUAAGCUGCCUGACAAUGGGUGGGCUGAUACUGGCGGCUGGCUUGUUGUUUUCCCGGCGUUCCGUUAGUGCUGUCACUCUGCACAGAGGAGGGGACAGAGUAACCAUUGUCACUGCAGGUCUGUUUGGAUUUGGCUCGUCCUUCACUGUCCCUUUGCGGCAUAUUUCUUCAAUGGCUCACCGUUCAGAAGUCCCUGCCAUGAUACCGCUUAAGAUCAAAGGGAAGCCACUGUAUUUCCUACUAGAUAAGCAAGGACAGGUAUCCAACGCCAAGCUCUUUGACAUAACUGUGGGAGCAUAUAGAAAACUCUGACACUUUUUGUGCUAAUAUAAUAUAGCAUGUAGGGUUGUCAAUACACAAAUCAUGUGAAAGAUGGCUAUAGCUAUACAUGACAUACAAUAUUGUACUAAAAUAUGUAUAAUAAAAAAAUAGUUCAUGGAAAUACAAAGUAAAUAUAAUUAUAUUAAAUAUCUUCUUAAAAAAUCCUGCUUACACUAUUAGUUGAUUGGUGCAACCUGGAUGCAUCUUGGAGUUAGGAACACCAAACUAUCGUAAUUGUGUGGAUGUCGCAAAUGGAGUCCAUUUUCAUUAAAAUAAUUGGACAGGGAAAAAAAAA